AGAUGGCGCCAGUGAAAAUCUGAGGCGAUUGCGCUUUGUAGCGCGUAGGAAAUUUGACGUGAGUAAGAUGAAAAGUUAACGAAGCCUUCUCACUCUUCAUCGAAACAUCAAAAUACACCCAAAUAGAGUACUCUCAGGCAGCACUGUCAAGGAUUUAAUUUUUUGUGGCCUACCUCCCAUUGUAGGCCGUAAUGAAAUAUAUCGCAUUGGUUAAAAUACUUCAUUUCCCAGAAGUCAUUGCUCUGGGCUUGCUUUGAUUGAUGAACAUGGUAGUUGUAGUUUUUCGAAUGCUUGUUUCUCUGUAAAUGGAAUGUAUCAAUCAUAGGAGAACUUUGUAGUAAUUCCUGUGUUCUUUUAUUUAUUUAUUUUUCGUUUUUUAUUUCUUGGUGGAAUAAGUGUUUGUUGCUAAGUUAUUUAAAGCCACUGAAAUAUUGUUGCACCCUACUUUAUUAGGAAGAUAAAAUAAUUAAGUUACAAAACAGGGGGUGGUGGUGGGGAGGUGCUUCUGGACUCCUGGUUCAUCAUGUCUACACCUCCAGAACAAGGAGUUAAACGACAUUCGAAAGGUUUGAACAGCACCUCAGAGGCAUUCGCCACUCUCCCAGAGUCCUCUCUGACCUGGUGUUUGGCUCAGCUGUCCAAAACACGCACAUUAGCAGACAGUCACAGCAGUGGACUGACAGGAGCAGAAAAUAAGAUCGUCACUGGAGGUGACAAAGCCAGGGAUGCAGACAAGAGACUGAAAGCUGGUCAGUGGAGGGCAUUGGUGGCCAUUCGGACGCAGCACAUUAAAGGAGGUGGUAGCAGGAUAGCCCGCUACCAAUCACGAGGAGGACUUCCUCCUCUGCUGGAUCUCCUCAGGCGACCAGAAAGCUCCAGGAAGUUUUUGGACCUGGCACUUAGCAUCCUGGCCAACUGCUGCACUGAAAAACAGACAAGACUAGAAGUAAGAAAGCUUGAUGGCAUAUCUGUUGUUGUGGAUGUCCUCAAGAGGAAUGUCUCUGUGGAGACGGUGCAAAAUCGAGCAUCACGUGCUUUGGGAAAUCUCGCGAUGGAUCCAGAGGGUUCUGCUGAGGUCCACUCUGCAGGUGGUGUUCCACUUCUCCUGAUCUGCUUGUCUCUCUCUCCACCUCCAUCCUCUCCUUCUUCACUGACUCCAGCCCCCGAACUCUGUGCUCCUAAGGUGGAAUGUGUCCAGUCUGCUGCUCGGGCACUUGUCUACCUUUCUGACACGCCUGCCAACCGGCUUCUGCUGCUUUCACAAGGCGCUCUUCCAUCUCUCGCGUUGUUCAUUGCUCCAGAGUACCCUUUAGGUCUGCAACGGGCGACCCUUCGUGCCAUUCAUGAGCUCACCAGAGGCUGCAGUGCAGAGUGUGCCAGGGAGAUGUCCAGGUCCGGGGCAUUGACUCAGCUGGGGGUCCUCGUCUCAGGAGAAGGUGGUCGGCCUUUGGAAGAGCUAGCUUUGAAGACUCUGGCUAACUUGUGCUCUCAAGGCUGCCUGAGGCCGCUGGUCGGUUCUUUGGGAGUCAUUCAGAAGUUCGCAGAGGAAGUGAAGAAGGAUCCUCUGAAGUCGGGUGUGUUCUUCAAGGCCCUGUGCCUCUGCUGCAGAGAGGCUGUGAACAGGGCUAAAGUAAAGGAGAGCGGGGGACUGGAGGUGUUGAUCAGCUUUUUAUCUGCCCAUCAAAACCAUCCGCUCACGCGUUUCGCCGUUCUAGCUUGUGUGGACUUUGUCUACGAUGAAUCUGCUCUUGAACAGCUGCAGGAGCUCGGGCUGGUGCCGCUGCUGAUCAAGCGGUUGGUUGAGCUUGCUCGCGGAGAAGAACCGACUGCAGGAAAGAUGGACACCAACCUGUCCUUUAGUUCUCCAUGCUCUGAACUGAUGACCUCAUGUUUUGACUCGUUUGACUUCUCAGCCCUUGAAGGGAACAAGAGGGAGGAUGUGAGCAAAGACCAGACGUCAGGAUCUUCCAGCUUCCUCAGCCUUAGGUCUUGGCUGGUUUCUGAGGGUCUGAUCUCAUCUGAGGGUGAGCUGACUGAAUCCCCAUGUGGAAGUGAAGUCUUUGGUAGCAGCCCUCAAUCCUCCAUCUCAUCGUCACCUUGCUCUGAGAUCUCACAAAGCUCAACAUUGCGUCCGCCCCACUUUUCUCCCUCCACCCGCUCCAAACUCAUCCGGCUCUCCUCUUCCUCCUCCUUCUCCUCCAUUCCAAUAUCACCUCGAAAUGUACCAGGUUCGCCUUCCUCUUCACAGCCCUCCUGUGCCUCUUCCCCUCAAUCUGAGCAGCCACCUUCAGUGACAAAACCUGCCUCAUCUCCCCUCCAAAUCUCCUCUCCUCCCAGAAAGAGGCUCCGUGCCUCUUCAUCCUCCUCUACAUCCUCCUCUCGCUGUAGUGUGGUCAUGCUGGACAGCCCCCCGGUGCUGUCAAAAACCCCAGUCUACCAUCAUCCUUAUCACCCUGAGGCCUGGGCCCCAGAAUCCCCCAUUCUUCUGCUCUUGUCGCGCUUCUCCCACGCCUCAGACCCCAGCACAGCGCUCAUCAACACAACCGUUUUCUCGGGGCUGUUGUACUACCUCACCCAGCACCAUGACCCCAGCGGGCGAUGCUUUCGGAUGCUUGGGCGCCUCAGCUGCAACCCAAACUGCUUCCAGGCUUUGGUCAGAACUGGAGCCGUGGCUCUGAUCAAACAGAGACUGUGUGUGAGAGGAGAGGAGAUCAGGGGAUGCAAAGGAGUAACAGACAGACAAUCAGAGAAAGUCAAAGGCAAAAUCACACAACUAGGUUUGGGUCUGCUCAGUAAUCUGAAGGUUCAGAGCGAGUCUGGAUUUGGCACUGGAGUUCUUACACAUAUCAUGCUGUCAGGCUCUGAAUCUGACAAGCUGUACUGUGUCCUUUCUCUGCCUCUGAUUAACAGCAACAGAGUUCUUUUGAAGAAGCUGCUUUUGGAUAGUGGAGGGCUGGCAGCAGCUCUUGACCUGAUUGGCUGUCACAGAAAUGAUGAUGAUGAUGAUGAUGAUGAUGGACAAUCUGACAAAUGUUGGGCAUUUCUUGCUGGCUGGUUGCAUCCUCUUGAACAACCGUCCUCUUUGAGAUUUAAAUCCCUGUACAUCUCUCUUCUGAUUGGCUGCCUCUCCAGUCUGCUGUCAAGUUCCAAGGAGGACAGAAAGAAUUGUAGCGCAGAUUGCCAGACCAGAACAGAGACAACCCAAGUUCUGGAUAACAAAUCCCAACCGCAACAAAACCAGUCAUGUCCCUACUUAAAGGCAACUCAUGACCUAAAUUUCCUCCUCGAUGAUGGAACCCUUCUACUAGCCAAUCACGAGGCUGUCACUGGGGAAGAGGGAGCCAAAGAUGUUGGGUCUGAGUAUUUUAGAGCCCUCUUGAUGGGAGGAUUUGGGGAGGCCCAGAAAGCUAAAGGUGAGGCCAUCCGGAUCAAGGACGUAAACAGUGGGAUGCUUUUACCAGUUCUUCACUACUUACAUGGCUGUCGUUUGACUGACGGAAACAAAGACCAGAUGUCAAGGCAAGAAACAAAUUGUCUUGUUUUGUCCUCUCUAGCCUCUCAUGGGCUGCUUAGACCACCGGACGAGGUUGAAUCCUGCUUGGCAGAGGAGAAGGAAUUCCAGAAAACCCCACUGGCUGAAGUGAUGAUUGGGGCUUGUAGGUUUUUAGUACCUGGUUUACAACGGUCAGCUGAGGACCUAAGUGUGGACCUUCUCCACUCUGUAAUAAGGAGUCUGACCAAACAUUGCUGUUUGAAAGAUAGAAUGGAUGCAGGGUCAGUCUGCAAGGGUCCUGAAGGAUCACCACUGUUGACUAAAACUGAAGUGUCAAAGUGUUCCAAACAACAUUCUAAAUCCUCUCAGAGUUCCAAACAGGUUCCAUCAUCAUCUUCUGACACUGAGGCAGCUUGGCUGAGGUCUCUGCUGCCACAAGUGUACUGGUUCUCACAGCGCUACUCUUACCUGCGACUGGGUCAGGCCUGUCUGUCCAUACUGCUGCGGCCUCAGGGGCUCCAUCCUGCACCCCUUCACCCCUCCCUCUCCACUGACUGCUUCCUGCGUUUGGCGCAAGAGGCGGACUGCGCCGAAGGUCUGAGAAAGGACAUCUUAAACCUCAUCAAAACAGCCCUCAGCUAAAGGGCAAACAGUAGUGGAUAGUGAAAUGAAUGUAAUGAAUUGUUGGUGUAAACAAAUUUAAUAGCUGCUUUAAUGCACACAGAAUACACAGAAAGGGAAUGGGAAAUACUGGAUUUUUGGGAUGUUUUGAUGUGUCAAGAUUUUCAUUCAACUUCAGUUAGGCAAAAAUAUUUUGAAAAAUACUUUAGCACAUUCUAAUUCCUACUAUUUUCAUGUGCACGUUUUUUUUCCCCAAGAUGUGUUUGUAUAUGGAGUAGAAUGACCAACUGUACAUACGUAUUUUUUUUUUUUUUUUUUUUAACUUCAUUUAUUCAUCUUAUUUUGUAAAAAAGGGUUUGAUGCUGAUUCCAUGGUAAUCACAGUGCAUCCAGAUGUUGUACAUGAUUUUGUACAGUAUGUUAUGUGAAUAAUAUGCCAAGGAGAGAGAGCCGUUUAUGUUAGCUAUAUUUUUCUUUUUGUAUAUGCCACUUUAUUCAUUUAUAGAAGUCUGGAUUAUCUGAUGUAUGUUGGAGUGCCAUCUUUUUUUAUAUAUAUAUAUUAUAUAUAUGAGAAAUUGAAUCAUGGAAAUGGCCAAAUGUUGGUGGAAGGCA